GAGCUUUUGUAAUGUCAGCCACAAAGGCUAACAAACUCUGGAAGGCCCUAUGCACGCGGCUUGCGUGGGAUCAGGCCAGCAGGAGAUUUGUGGGGGUCUAUUUCGCAGCCGGCAGGGGCCGAGCAGCCUUUAGUCUAGCAUGAGACAGCCAAGGGUGAGCACCCGAGUUUUCACACACUAAAGGUGCGAAGGGGAGAACGCACUCCGGGGAUAACACCAACCGAGACAGCGGGAGAGCGACAACCACCACCAUGCACCAGACCAGUUACACGCACGAGGUGCGCAAGGAGAAGUAUGAGCGCUCCGAUGUCUUCGAGGAGCCCUACGGCCCUGACGCGUCGGCGGGCGCCUCGGCCAUCCAGGGCUGGGAGAGCCUGCAGGAACUCAACAGCCGUUUCGCCCGCUACAUCAACCGGGCACGCGUGCUGGAGCAGCGCAAUGCCGUGUUCCGGAAGCAGCUAGAGACGCUGCAGCGGAUGGAGGAGGCUAGCGGGCUCGAGGAGGCCUUUACGGAACAGAUCGGCCUGAAUCAGCAGCGCAUCCGCGAGCUCUCCGCUGACCGUGCCAAGCUUGAGCGAGAGCUGAAGGACUCAUGCCGCAUGCUGGACGAGUUCACCAACAAAUACAGAAAUGAAUGUGAGUAUCAAGAACAGCUGCGGGGUACACUGGAACAACUCAACAAGGAGGCUGACUAUGCCCUGUUGGGGAACCUGGAGUUUCAGAUCCAGUCCCAGUUCCUUCAGGACGACAUCAACUCCACCAAAGACAGACACAGGAAGAACCUGGCAGAGAUCCAGACCUACGUGAACAUCCUGCACCAGAUCAACCAGACAAUAUCCCUGGUGCCCAAUGUGGCCGUGGGCAUCUCUGAGGAAAAGCAGCUGGCCCAGAGGAGAGUUCCAGCCCUGCAAAGCCAGCUGGAGGAGUACAAGAGCGCCCUCUGCCAGCUCCAGGCACAGAAGCUGCAUCUGCAGACCGAGACCUCAGUGUUGGAGAAUUCCAUCAAGAGCACCCAGGAGAGCUAUGACGAUGAGAUCCAGCUGUACAACGAGCAAAUUGAGUCUCUGAGGAAGGACAUUGAGGAGGCCGAGAGGUUCCUGGAGAAAUACACCAACGAGUGCCGCCACCUGGCCAUGUACCAGAUCUCCCUGGAGAAUGAGCUGGAGAGGUACAAGAGGAUCAUUGAGAAUGAGGACAACAGAUUGAAUUCAGCGAUAAUUGGGACUCCCAUUACCUUGUUCACCACCAAUUACCGCUUUACCCACACACCCACUGUGUCGAGCAGGGGCAGAGACAUCACCCAAGCCGUCCAGGACAUCAGCAGUGUCAAGCCUCGCCAGAAGAACCUGGCCAAGAAGGUCAUGAAGAAGAAGGAGAUCAGUCCCAAAGACGUGAUGGACAGUGGCCAGGACGAAAGAGUCGGUGGAGCUGAACACAUGGAGGAUGAGGAGCGAGGGAUGGAGGAGGAGGAGGACAGGGUGAAUAGGGAGAAGCAGAGUUCGCUGUACACGGGUGUGUCCCCCCAGGACGUCCCAGACGGAGCUCAGAUCAGCAAGGCCUUCGACACGCUCUGUAACAUCGUCAGAGACCGCAUGAGGAAGUACAAGAAGCCAGAGCCAAUUGCUGACUUCUAUACUAAGGGGCGCUAUGUGUUGGUGACGGGUGACGGCAGCUACCCCCACCCCCAUUUCUACACCUCCAGCCCCUCUGCUGGACACGUCUUUGUCACGAUCUGCGACGGCAUGGUCUCCCCUUAUGACCCCUUCAGCCCAUACACCCCCUCCCCUGACCCCCCUCAUCCACAGCCCAUGCCACCCCCUUGCCCCUGUAUUCCCACCCCACCUUCCGACGGAGAGGGUGGUAAGGGUGACGAUAAGGGCGGAAAAGGUGGUGGGAAGGGGAAAUCUAGGGACGUAGAUCCUACUCCCCCCCCACAGCCCAACCCUGCCCCAGCUCCAGGCCCUGACCCCAAAGACCCCAAAUGCCCCAGCAAUCCCUCCGGACCCAAGGGGGGUAAAGAUGACAGUCGCCGUAGGGGCCUUCCUCCCAUGCCCUCCCCCCGUGGCGCUAGCAGCAUGCCCCCUGACUCCAUGAGCUACGAGAAGGUGGAGAUGGUGGAGUCAGUGGAAAGGUUCUCCAACGACCGCAAGACCAAGGGCUAUGAGGAGACGGCCAUGGUGGUGGAGACCAUGAUUGAGAAGACCAGCAAGAAGAAGCACUGAGUCUGAGGAGAUUGACCUCGACCAAAAGAGCUGGACAGACUCCUCACAAGUUCCACCUCACCUUAUGCCAGCAAGAACAAACAAUGAGACCAAUAUGAGACUCUGCUAAAGACAUUCUAAAAACACUGUUCAACCGUGGAUGAGACCAACUGCUAUGAGCCAGUCCUCACAUAGGAAACUGCUAAAGACUCCUUCCACAUUCAUGAUACUGCUCCUCCAUUUAAAAAGCUCUCUGGCUUUGUGUUCAGCAAGAGUUAGCUGGUUCCAUAAUGCUGCUGUUGUUGUUUCUACCUACGCCAAUACCUUAUGCCUUUACUGUCUGAAAACUCAAAGUACCAGCAUCGAAACAACAGAACAAGCCCUCUCGCCCCCCCCAAAAAAAAAAUUAAGUGAGCAAAAACAUGACUUUGAUGUGUGAAAAAAAUGGAUUACAUGCUACUUGCCCUCAUGGAUGUUUGCCACCCUUCCAAAUCAAACCUUAACCCAAACCUCCACCCAAGACUUAAUGCUCAAUUGAAUGCCAUUGACCUCCCUCAACACAGUCUUGCUGUGUAUAAAACUGCUUUAAUAAUAAAAAAUAAUCACGUUUCACAAGCA